GAGAAAAAAACACGCCUGUGUUCAGCAGUAGCGCGGUUAUUCGCUGCAGGUUCACGAGAUCAUUCAAUCAGGACAUGGAUUGCGGUUUUAUGACCGUUUGCCUUGCGUGGAGAGACUGACCGGGAAGCAGCCCCGAUGAGAUAAAAGCCCGCGGGUCGCGCUGGGGAUUUUUUUCCCUCGUUUGUCCCACGAAGACAUAUCGGCGGUGUUACAAUAUCAGGGACGAGGCCACAGACAGACAGACAGCCCGGCGGUCAGCUCUAACGCGAAAUGAUCAGGUCUAUGCUGGGGCUUCUUCUCCUCCUGCCAGUAUGUCUUCAGCUGUGGGGAUUUUCGCGCGGCUCCCGAGCAGAAUGUGAGCAGUCUCAGUUCCAGUGUGGAAAUGGCAGGUGUAUCCCAUCUGUGUGGCAAUGUGAUGGGGACAUGGACUGUUCGGAUGGCAGCGACGAGACGUCCUGCGUGAGGAAAACCUGUGCAGAGGUGGACUUUGUCUGUCGCAGUGGACAAUGCAUCCCCAAAAGAUGGCAGUGUGAUGGUGAACCAGACUGCGAGGACGGCUCAGACGAAAGCAUCGAAAUGUGCCAUACACGGACCUGUCGAGUGAAUGAAUUUAGCUGUGGUGUCGGCUCCACACAGUGCAUUCCUGUUUUCUGGAAGUGUGAUGGUGAGAAAGACUGCGACAACGGAGAGGACGAGAUUAAUUGUGGUAACAUUACAUGUGCCCCUCUGGAGUUCACCUGUUCCAGUGGCCGCUGUGUUUCUCGUAAAUUCGUCUGCAAUGGUGAAGAUGACUGCGGCGAUGGCAGCGAUGAACAGGACUGCGCUCCUUCCUCCUGCAGCCCAAGCGAAAUCCCUUGUGGGAACAAUACGUGUAUUCCUAGAAGCUGGUUAUGUGAUGAUGAUGUGGACUGCCAAGAUCAGUCAGAUGAGUCUCCGGAGCGCUGCGGCCACAACCCGACGCCGCCGGCCAAGUGUUCGCCCAGUGAGAUGCAGUGCGGCUCUGGCGAAUGCAUUCACCGGAAGUGGCGCUGCGAUGGAGACCCUGAUUGCAAGGAUGGCAGUGACGAGAAAAACUGCUCUGCCCGUAACUGCAGACCUGACCAGUUCAAGUGUGAUGACGGCAGCUGUAUCCAUGGCAGCCGACAGUGCAACGGAUUCAGAGAUUGUGUAGACGGAACAGACGAAGUCAACUGCAAAAACUUAACUCAAUGUAACAGUUCUGACCAGUUCAAGUGUCGAAGUGGAGAGUGCAUUGAUAUGAGUAAAGUGUGUAAUAAGGUCCGUGACUGUCCUGACUGGAGUGACGAGCCCAUCAAAGAGUGCAAUAUGAAUGAAUGCUUGCUCAAUAACGGAGGCUGUUCGCACAUCUGUCAGGACUUGACGAUUGGCUACAAAUGCGACUGCACGCCGGGACUCCAGCUCAUCGAUCGCAAGACCUGCGGGGAUGUCAAUGAGUGCCUCAACCCAGGGAUAUGUAGUCAGAUAUGUAUAAAUCUUAAAGGAGGAUACAAAUGUGAGUGUCACAAUGGUUACCAGAUGGACCCCACCACUGGAGUGUGCAAAGCUGUUGGUAAAGAACCCUGUCUCAUUUUUACCAAUCGAAGAGACAUCCGUAAACUAGGCCUGGAGCGUCGUGAAUAUACUCAGAUUGUGGAGCAACUGCGGAACACUGUAGCUCUUGAUGCCGACUUCAUUCAGCAGAUGAUAUUCUGGGCUGACCUGGGCCAGAAGGCCAUUUUUAGCACAGUGUUGGAUAAGCAGGAAGAGAGUCAUAAGAAAGUGAUUGACGAUGUUCAGAUGCCUGUUGGGAUUGCAGUGGACUGGAUUUAUAAAAACAUCUAUUGGUCAGACCUGGGGAGUAAGAGCAUAACUGUGGCCAACUUCAAUGGGACCAAGAAGAAGGUGCUUUUUAACAAUGGCCUAAAGGAACCAGCCUCUAUUGCUGUAGAUCCUCUAUCAGGGUUUCUGUAUUGGUCAGACUGGGGUGAGCCAGCUAAGAUUGAGAAGUCUGGUAUGAAUGGGAAUGACAGACAGGUUCUUGUUGAGACGGACAUUCAAUGGCCCAAUGGAAUCACUCUUGAUUUGAUCAAGGGAAGGCUCUACUGGGUGGAUUCCAAGCUGCACAUGCUUUGUAGCGUAGACUUGAAUGGAGACAACCGUCGGAAGGUGCUGCAGUCUCCUGAUUACCUAGCCCACCCUUUUGCUCUUACUGUUUUUGAGGACCGAGUGUUCUGGACAGAUGGUGAGAAUGAGGCAAUCUAUGGCGCGAACAAGUUCACAGGAUCUGAUGUAACUCUGCUGGCCAGCAACCUCAACGAACCCCAGGAUAUCAUUGUGUACCAUGAGCUAAUUCAGCUAUCUGGGACUAACUGGUGUAAUGAGAAGAUGGAGAAUGGAGGCUGUUCCUUCAUGUGUCUACCAGCUCCACAAAUUAAUAAACAUUCCCCUAAAUUCACCUGCGUGUGUCCGGAAGGCCAAACCCUGGCUUCAGAUGGCUUGCGCUGCAGAGCAGAGGCAACUUCUGCCGCCCCUCAAGACGGAGGGCAGGUAACUACUCGCCCCAGUCACCCAAAAGCAUCUGCAGUAUCGAAGGUUGUCUCUGAACCAGUUCAUACUGAAGGAAACCUAAGCACCUCCAUACAUGAGGUUAAUACAUCAGCCAGAGGAUCUGCUGCCGCCUGGGCGAUUCUACCUGUGUUAUUAUUGGCCAUGGCUGCUGCUGGUGGUUACUUAAUGUGGCGCAACUGGCAGAUCAAAAACAAGAAGAGCAUGAACUUCGACAACCCAGUGUAUCUGAAGACCACAGAGGAAGACCUCAAUAUCGAUAUCAGUAGACACAGCGCUUCUGUAGGUCACACGUACCCUGCUUCCUUUUCCUGCAGAUCUCAAUGGUAAACACAGAAGAUGACUUGUCAUAACCCAAGCCCCCCCCCCCCUACAAUGCUCCGGUUUAUUUAGUAGCCACUUGGCACCAAUGGCAACUGCUGCCGUUUCGACGGUUUCACAACCAGCUGCCUUCUGAAUUGCAUUUUCAAGUUUUGUCCCCCUCCAAAUCCCAAUCAGAGGAUGUCAUUUGUGGUACAAGAAAGUAUUUGCAUCCUGCUCAGGCUGAGUGUGCUCCAAAAGCAUCAAGGAAUUCCAUUGGGAUUAUGAUUUUAACUUCACGUACACCAUAGAAGGCCCAAAAAUGAUUCAACAGCCUUGCGUCCUACUUACAAGGAUGUUAGAAUUAACUCAAGAACCAGAAUGCUGAGUAGAUGGCUAGCAGUGUGUGUGGAUGCCUGAAAUAUUUAAAUGAAAAUGCAUAUUUUAGAUGAUCAUGUCUUUAAGAUGUAAGUUUCUUUCUUUCUCAUAAUGAACAUUGUUUCCCAGAGAUGCUUCGUGAGUCUUGCUGGGAUUAAAAAAUGCUCUAUGGGGAAAAGUGCUGUUACGACGUUUGUAAAACAUUGUAUAUAUCCCUCUCUGGAAAAAACAUAAUCAGGAUUCCUCAAGCACUUUGAUCAAAUGUUCCUCUGUAAAUAAGAUUGUAUACAUUUGACUGAGACAAUUUUGCUAUGGUUGGGCACUGUACCAGGGUAGAGGAUGAUGUAUUUAAAAACAAAAAACAAAAAAAAAAUGGAGUUUGUUAAACCUAUUUUGUAUGUUUGUGUGCUGUUCCUGUGACCUUUUAUAGCAGUGUACAGGGGGAUGAAAUGCUCUGUAUUGUGAAAAGGAAACAUUUGCAAACCGUAAAAUAAAAUUAAAGUUUAAAUUAUGCUGCUUUGUUAA